AUGGUGUUGAAGAACUAUCAGCAUGUCCUAUCAUUGGUGUUUGCUGUGAAGGAACUCAAUGAAAAUCUCCAGAUCUUGCCCAACCACACUUUGGGGUUCCACAUCUAUGAAAGCUACUUCACUGCAAGGAUGACUUAUCAGAAUACCCUGAAGCUUCUCUUUACAGAGAAAAAGAUGUUCCUUAAUUACAAAUGUGAUGCUGGGAAUAAUCUGGUAGCUGUUAUCGGAGGGCAGGACUUUGAUAUCUCUCUCCAUAUGGCCACCAUCUUAGGCAUCUACAAGACUCCACAGCUACACCCUUUUCUGAGGAAGAUCUCAUUUAACAACAGUGCUGGCGACGUAGUGACUUUUGAUGAGAACGAUACAGUUGACUGUCUCCAAUGCACAGAAGAUCAAUAUCCAAAAGAAGAUCAAAGUGGAUGCCUUCCCAAGGGUGUUAAUUUCCUGUCUUACAGUGAACCUUUGGGAAUUCUUUUGGCAGCUUUGUCUUUCUCUCUCUCUUUAUGCACUUCUGUGGUGCUUGGAAUCUUCAUCAAACGUCGGACCACCCCCAUUGUCAAAGCCAACAACCGGAACCUCACCUAUUCUCUACUCAUCUCCCUCCUGCUCUGCUUCCUCUCUUCCUUGCUAUUCAUUGGUGAACCUGACAAAGUGACCUGCAAGUUGCGACAAACUGCUUUUGGUAUCAUCUUUGCAGUUGCUGUUUCUUCUGUGUUGGCAAAAACCAUCACUGUGGUUUUGGUUUUCAUAGCCACUAAACCAGGAUCCAGGAUGAGGAAAUGGGUGGGGAAAAAACUUUCUUACUCUAUCAUUGCUUGCUCUACAUUGAUUCAAGCAAUUAUUUGCAUGAUAUGGUUAUACACUGAUCCUCCAUUCCCAGAUGUUGACUUUCAUUCUCUGCCUGUAGAGAUCAUCUUGAAAUGCAAUGAAGGGUCUUCUAAUAUGUUCUUUUAUAUUCUGGGUUACAUGGGAUUUCUGGCCUUUGUCAGUUUCAUUGUUGCUUUCUUUGCUCGGAAGCUACCUGAUUCUUUUAAUGAAGCCAAGUUUAUCACUUUCAGCAUGUUGGUAUUUUGCAGUGUGUGGGUGUCUUUUGUUCCAACCUACCUGAGCACCAAAGGGAAAUACAUGGUGGCCGUGGAGAUCUUCUCCAUCUUGGCUUCCAGUACAGGCAUACUGGGUUGUAUCUUUUCCCCCAAAUGUUAUGUUAUUUUGCUGAGGCCUGAGCUGAACAACAAAAAACAAUUAAUAAGGAAUCCAAAGAAAGGAAGAAAGAUUUGA